AUGCGCUCCCUUCCCAAGCAAAACAACCCUCUCAUCCUCCCCGACGCAUCCCCUUCUUAUCAGGAAUUGCUCGCGCUGCGCCGGUUGGGAAAGACACAUUUGACCGUCAAGCCCGGCCAGAUCGGAACAUCCAAUGCCACCAAGCCAGAGAAUCUUGGACCCUUUGAAUAUGCGCAUCUACGCGCUCCGCUGCCCAAGGAUUUGACUGGAUCGGAAAUCUUCCCGGCGCAAACUACGAAACAAGACACAUAUUUCUUGAUGCGACGGAGUAAGGAUGGAUAUAUCAGCGCUACCGGCAUGUUCAAGAUUGCGUUCCCUUGGGCCAAAGCAGAGGAAGAGAAAACCGAGAGGGAAUAUGUCAAGUCGAAGACAGAGACCAGCAUCGAUGAGACUGCUGGUAAUCUAUGGAUCUCGCCUCUACUAGCGUUGGAACUUGCCAAAGAAUAUCAGAUGCUGGACUGGGUCCGCGCCUUGUUGGACUCGACAGAUAUUAUUCAGGCCCCAGCUAGCUCCAAGAAACCCAUCACACCUCCACCCAAGUUUGAGAUGCCACCAUUGGAGACCUUGACGGAACUUAAUCCUACCUCUCGCACUCGAAGCAGGCGGUCUGCUUCCCCUGCCAAAUCGUCUCCCAGAAAGACCGCAUCUCCACGCAAGUCGCGAGCUCCUCGCGCUACCAAGGAAAGUUCAGUGGCUGCAACCACAGCUGCCAGCGCCUCUCUACAAGCUGCACUAGAGGGUGCUGCAGAUACAAAGGAAGAACCCAACGGCACGGCUGUGGACCCCAAUGCCGCCGUUGCGGAAAGUACUGAAACCAAGACCAAAAAGAGCAGGUCAAAGAAGCAAGCAGUUAUCGAUGAGAAAGUUACAGUCAGUGUUGAAUCCACAACUGAGAUCAAGGAUGACAUUGAAACCACCAAAACCAAUGUCAGUGUGGAAAUGCCAGUCACCCUGCCUGAUCUCCCCCCUGCUGAGGAUACUCAGCAAAUGAUUGCCCAGGCACAGAAGAUGGUCGAAGAGGCAAACAAGUUACAAACGCAAGACGUUACAGCAGAGUCGUCGUCGCCAAAGGCUGCCAAGAAGCGCAAAUCAGAUGAGGUUGAGGAGGAAGAAGAUGAGAAGGCCGAUACACCCGCUCAGCCUACCAAGAAGGCAAAAGUUCUAGAGACCAAACUCCGAAAGGAGCGAGUCCGCAACAGGGCUCUUGUCGGUGUGACUGCUACACUGGCACUUGCCGCUGCAAUUCCUUAUUUCUUUUAG